AUGGCGUUUCUGGGAGGAUCAUUGCGCAUGAUGAGAAGCAUUGGCAGCCGGAAGAUGACGGAGGGGAAGAGCCACGGCAGGUUGGGGUCGUGGCCGCAGGCGCCGGCGCCCGUGAAGCAGCUCUUCUGGAGGGUGAGGCACGCCGUGCUACGGCCGAAGCGUCGUGUCGUGAGUUUUGGGUACGAUCUCAAGAGCUACUCCCAGAACUUCAACGAUGGCCUCGUCCCUGCCCACCGCCUCUAG